AUGCGCGCAUCCCCCGCUUCCCCCAGUUCCACCUCCCCGCAUUCCGCUUCCCCCAGUUUCGCGCCCUCCCAUUCCGCUCAGCGCAUCCUCCAAACUCGUAGCCAAUCGCGCUCCAACCGGAUUACAACGGCCGCAACCUCAAAUGCCCCGGGGGGGGGCUCCGCCUCCCCCGCUUCCGCGCCCGCUGCGCCUAGACCCGGCGCGGGCGGAGGCGGGGAGGCGCUUAUAUCGGGGGAAGGGCUGGCGAAGAGUUUCGGAAUGGACGUUCUUUUCGAGGGGCUGGAUGUGACUAUAAGCAGAGGGCAGAAGCUGGGGCUGCUGGGGCGGAACGGAUGCGGUAAAAGCACAUUGCUGAGGAUACUAGCGGGGAUGGACGCGCCUGAUAAGGGCAAGGUGCAGCGCCGGCGGCACCUGAACCUGGCGUUUCUCGCUCAGGACCCGGACCUGCCUGCGUCACUGUCUCUACUGGACGCAGUGCUGUCAGCGGACAAUGCUGCCAUGCGCGCUGUGAGGGAGUACGAGCGAGCUGCUCAAAGGAUGAAGGGAAGAGGGGUGAGGGAAGAGGCACUCUCAGUACUGUCAGCGGACAAUGCUGCCAUGCGCGCUGUGAGGGAGUACGAGCGAGCUGCGCAGAGGAUGAAAGGCAGAGAGGCAGCAGCGCUGCAGCGGGCCAUGGAUGGGGUGGAGGCGAUGGGGGCAUGGGACGUGGUGGCAGAGGCGGAGAAGCUGCUGGAAAUCCUAGGUCUGGGGGAUGCUGCUUUGACCAACGGUGGUGGUGGUGGUGGUGGUGGUGGCGGGGGGAUUAUGGAGCGGCAAGUUUCGUCGCUUAGUGGCGGGCAGAGGAAGCGGGUGGCUCUGGCUGCAACGCUGCUGGCGAAGCCAGAACUCAUCAUUCUCGAUGAGCCCACGAACCACAUGGACGUGGCAGUCAUUGAUUGGAUGCAAUCGGCCCUCUCAGACCCCUCUCUCACCGUCGUUCUCGUCUCCCACGACCGAUACUUUCUCGACGCCGUCUGCACGCAAAUGCUCGAAAUCGACCGCGGGUCUUCUUUUCGCCAUUCGGGCAACUACACAAACUUUUUGGCUGCCCGGGCGAAGCGGGCGGUCGAAGAGGCCGCCGCGAUUGGCCGGGCAGCGAACACUUUGCGGCGGGAGGGGGAGUGGAUGCGGCGAAUGCCGAAAGCGAGAUCGACUAAAUCCCGGUCGAGAAUUGAUCGGUUUUUGGCGCUUACUAAAGCGACGACAGAGAAAAGGCAGAGGCAGCAGCAGACGGCGGUGGGGAGUGUGGUGGAGAUGGGUGUGGGGGAGGCACGGCUGGGUGGGAAGGUGUUGGAGUUGAGAGAUGCGACGGCUAUGCGAGGAGAGAGCACCGUGUUUGAAGGAUUCACGUAUGAGUUUGGUCGGGGGGACCGCCUGGGAGUGGUGGGGCGAAACGGGGCAGGGAAAACCACCUUCCUAGACACGCCUUGGCAGGCCUGCUGCCUCUCCCAUGGGGCACCAGAGAUGCCUCCUCCCUCUCCCAUCGGGCACGAGGGAAGUGGGGGAGACGGUGGUGAUGGGGUAUCACACACAGCACAUGCCCCCCGUGCCCCUCUCUUUUCUUCCCUUCCUAUCCCUCUCCCCUCUUCUCAGUUCCUAGACGCGUUGGCCGGCCUGCUCCCCCUCCCAUGGGGCACCAGAGAUGUUGGGGAGACGGUGGUGAUGGGGUAUUACACACAGCACAUGCCCCCCGUGCCGGACAACAUGCGAGUUCUCGACUUUGUUCAGAACUUCAACCCCACUGCUGCUGUUCUCGGCUCCUGGGGAUCUAUCCCUGCUGCUGCUGCCGCUGCCGCCGCUGCUGCUGGUGAUGGUUCUGCCUCUGGUGCUGCUGUUGGUUCGGGUGCGGCUACUAUGUCUGGAGGGAGUGGUUCCGACGAGCCUGUUUCCGCUUCGGAGCUUCUGGAGCGGUUCGGGUUUCCCCGGGCUAAGCAAUACGCCUGGGCGUCGAAGCUGAGUGGAGGGGAGAAACGGCGACUGCUGCUGGCGGCAGUGUUGGCGCAGCGACCCAACUUCCUCAUGCUGGAUGAGCCCACCAACGACCUGGACUUGCAGACCAUUGAGGCCCUCGAGUCCUUCCUAUCGGCCUACGAGGGCUGUCUGCUGGUUGCCUCCCACGACCGUGCAUUCAUGGAUGCCGUGGUUGACCGCCAGUUCGUGCUGCAAGGGGACGGACAGGUGUUGCUCUAUGAUGGGCUGUUUUCGGAAUACCUUGCUGACGCACAGGAGCAGAAAGCGGAGGAGAAAGAGAGGGUUGCGGAGGAGGAAAGGAGGAAGGAGGCUGAAGCGAAGAGCAUGGCUGAGGAGUGGAGGAAGGAGGAGGAGGGAGCGGGUUCGGGUGGGGGUAAGGCGAAAGGGAAGUCGGCUCGGAAAAUGUCUUAUAUGGAGAGGAAGGAGUGGGAGCGGUUGGAGCAGGAGAUUGAGAAGUUGGAGAAGAAAAAGGUGGUGGUUGAGGCACGGCUUGAGGAGAAGAGCAAGGCUGGAGAUUUUGCAAUGCUCCAGGGGUUGUCCGAUGAGCUCGCUGCGUUGGGACAGGCUAUAGAGGCGAAAUCAGAUAGGUGGCUCGAGUUGGCAGAGCUAGCUGAGGAGUAG